AUGUGUUGCCCUCCCUUUCAGCUUUCCUGCAUUAGAUAUGAUCUUGUGGAAAUGGAUAUCAUUAUGUCCACGAGAGAAACUAGCUUGACUGAGCAGCUUCUUCCCUUGAAACAUUCUUUUCUCAUUCAUGAAUUGAGAUCUGGUGUAAGGCACACCAAUGUGAUGUUGAGGGGAGCAGUUUUUCGGACAUUUAGCAUCAACUUUUUUACUUAUGGUUUGCCGAUCUCCUUGUUUGCUCUUUCAUUCUGGAGUUUCCAUUUUGCAAGUCUAUGUGCAUUUGGAUUACUUGCAUAUGUUGGCUACAUACUAUACACCUUCCCUUCCUUGUUUCAAUUGCACCGUUUGAACUGCUUGCUUCUUAUUUUCAUCCUCUUGUGGGCUGCCAGCACAUAUAUCUUUAAUGUGGCAUUUACAGUUCUAAAUAAAGAACUACAGAAGGACAUGGAUGUAUGGGAAACUAUUGGCUUAUGGCAUUACCCUAUUCCUGGAUUUUUCAUAUUUGCACAAUUUUGUCUUGGAAUUCUUGUUGCUAUGAGUAACCUUGUGAACAGCUCUGUAUUUCUAUACUUGUCUGAUGGGGAUGCACAAUCCACAAAUGAUAAUUGCACAGUGGAAGAUAGCGAGGAACCAGAAGUAAUGAUUGUGGCUACAAUAGCAUGGGGACUGUGCAAAAGCUCUCGUGCUAUAGUCUUGACAUUAAUAUUUUCAAUUGCUCUGAAACCUGGCUUCAUUCAUGCUGUAUAUAUGGUAUUCUUUAUGAUUUAUCUAUUGAGCCACACCAUCAGUAGGAGGAUUCGCCAAUACCUUAUUCUUCUAUGCGAGGCACAUUUUGUGUUAAAGUACAUUCUUCAGCUCAAUUUAAUCUCCAAGGCCUUAGAGGAGAAAGGUUCUUUGGCUUUGGAAAUAAUCUCACAAUUAGGUCUUCUCGAUCAUGCUAGUUCUGGGGAUUUUGUGAAGAUUGCUGGGCUUGCUUGCUUUUGUUCUGUUUAUAAUCACGGCUCUGAUGUGCUUUUUUCAUAUUCAACCAUUGUGCAACACACACCCUUCCCUCCGAUUGGAUGGAGCAUCUUGAAAGCUGGUCUGAAUAAAUCAGUUCUACUAUCAGUUUAUACACCAUCAUCCAGAGAAAGGGAGCCCACAAAUUCUUUUAAUGAAAGCAAGAUAGCAUUGUAUCUGAGUGCAAUGGAGCAGAAGUUUCUUUUGGCAUAUCGAUCAUGUGGAACCUACAUUGUGUGUCUGACUAUUCUUCUCACGGUUUACCUAGUUACACCUAAUUAUACAUCAUUCGGUUACCUUUUCUUCCUCCUUCUGUGGAUUACUGGAAGACAACUAGUGGAGAAGACUAAAAGGAGGCUCUGGUUCCCUCUGAAAGUGUAUGCAGUUGCAAUUUUUAUUUUCAUUUAUGGCUUGAGUGCUUUUAUCAGCUUUCGGACAUGGUUGUCUAGGAUGAUAGAUCUUUACCCUGCCUUUGGUUAUAACCCAAAUGCCUCAAUGUUAAAAAAUGUUUGGGAUUCCCUGGCUGUUGUAAUUGUGAUGCAACUAUAUAGCUAUGAACGGAGGCGGAGCAAGUUCCUAAAACCUGUAGAUUUUGAUGCGCCAGAGUUUGGCUUCUUUUCCUUUAUUAAACGUCUUCUGAUUUGGCAUAGUGAGAAGAUACUAUUUUUUGCCUUACUGUAUGCGUCCUUAUCCCCAAUCAGUGUGUUUGGUUUCUUAUAUCUUCUUGGCUUGGUCAUUUGUUCAACUUUACCAAAAUCUUCUCGACUCCCUUCAAAACUGUUUCUAGUUUAUUCAGCAUUACUUUUAAUGGUUGAUUAUCUGUUUCAAAUAUGGGGUGAGCAGGCUGAGAUGUUCCCUGGGCAAAAGCAUUCUUAUUUGUCCUGUUUCCUAGGUUUGCGGCUGUUUAAGCCUGGUUUCUUGGGUUUAGAAUCAGGCUUGAGGGGAAAGAUUUUGGUUAUUAUUGCAUGUGUACUUCAGUACAAUGUAUUCUAUUGGCUGGAGAUGAUGCCAUGCAAUAAUGGAAAAAGGGGAAAGUGGGAGGAGCCCUGUGCUUUGUUUGGCUCAGCAAAUGGACUGACUGGAAUUUCUGUUUGUAAUGAGGGAUGUGAAUCUUGUGAUGCUGGUGUUCUGUUAUAUAAGGAUAAAGGAGCAAUGAGCAACUCAUGGCCAUCUUUUGGCACUGGUAUAUCUCAACUUGGAGAUCACAUAUCCACUACAACAGGAGGCUUGGAGAGUAAUACUGGAAACAAUUCAUAUAGCUUCGAAGAGAAUCAUAAAUGGACUAAAAAGUCAAAUCAUGUAUUGAAAAAGGAGAGGCUUGACAUGCAGAAGAACACCUUAAAAGUAUAUAUCAAGUUUUGGAUAGAGAAUAUGUUCAAUCUAUUCGGCCUUGAAAUUAACAUGCUUGUAUUACUUCUUGCUAGCUUUGCUGUUUUAAAUGCCAUCUCUUUGCUCUAUAUUGCAUCACUUGCUGCUUGUGUGCUUAUACCUCGCCAUGUCAUUAGAAAGCUAUGGCCCAUGUUUGUCUUCUUAUUUGCUUCUAUUGUUACCCUUGAGUACUUAGCCAUUUGGUUGAAUCUGACAACUUCGAAGGAACAGUCUCCCAGUGAGGCAAACAUAUCUUGCCAUGACUGCUGGAGAAGCUCUGAUCUUUUCUUCAACUAUUGCAAGAAGUGCUGGCUAGGAAUAACAGUAGAUGAUCCUCGAAUGCUCAUUAGCUAUUAUAUGGUUUUUAUGUUUGCUUGUUUCAAACUCCGUGCUGAUAACCUCUAUGGCCUCUCAGAGUUGCAUAGUUAUAAACAAAUGAGUUAUCAAUGUAAGAAACCAUCUCUAUUAAUUGACCUCUCAUUUGAAACAAAAAGCAUGUGGACAUUUCUUGACCACCUGAGGCAUUACUGUUACUGUCACUUGCUGGAUCUUGUUCUUGCUCUGAUUUUGAUUACGGGAACCCUCGAGUAUGACAUUCUUCAUCUGGGGUAUCUUGGUUUUGCUCUGAUUUUCUUUCGACUGAGGCUUGAAGUACUGAAAAAGAAGAAUGAAAUUUUUAAGUUCUUGAGAAUGUAUAAUUUUGGUUUGAUAGUUUUUUCUCUUGCCUACCAGUGUCCUUUUGUUGGGGAUGUCAAUGAGGGGAAAUGCGGAACGGUAGAUUACAUAUAUGAAGUGAUUGGAUUUUAUAAGUAUGACUAUGGGUUUCGGAUAACAUCAAGAUCUGCACUUGUGGAGAUCAUUAUAUUUGUGCUAGUGUCACUUCAAUCAUAUAUGUUUUCGUCGGAGGAGUUCGAUUAUGUAUCAAAAUAUCUGGAAGCAGAGCAGAUUGAGGCCUUGAUACGUCAGCAGGAGAAGCGAGCAGCCUGGAAGACUGCACAGUUGCAACGUAUCCGUAAAUCUGAAGAACAGAAACGUCUGCGAAAUAUGCAAGUGGAAAAGAUGAAAUCAGAGGUGCUUGACCUACAAAUUCAGGUUCAUAGCAUGACCAAUAAUUUAACAUGUGGUACCAACUCUCCUGGAAGUGAAGGUUGCAGAAGGAAAAAGAAGUCUUCCUUAAGUUCAUUUAAGGAGAGCAACAUCCUAGAGAAAGAGGAAAAUGAUUCCAAGAAGCAUGAUCCACAUAUCAGCUCUGACACUUUAUUUCCAUUCAACACAAAUGAAUCUUCAACGAGUGUAAAAUCUGGAAGUCUGUUAGCAAUGGACUGCAUGAUGCACUCAACUGAUUCUCUUUAUGACAUUGCCGACUUCAAGGAGAAAACUACUACCAAUGAAUUUUUGGAUUCAGACAGAAGAGAUAAGGAAAAAAUUGAAGCCAAGGUAAGCCCAUUAAUUUCAGCUGUACAUUUUAUUGGUGAUGGAGUUACUCAAGUACAAUCCCUUGGGAGUCUGGCAGUUACCAACCUUGUGAAACUUUUUAACAUAGAAAAUGAAGAAGCAGAGUUGUGUGAUGACUCUUCAGAGAAUGGGGUUUACUAUCAAGUAGACAAUCAGAACAUAGGAUGUGAACCUUUGGACCAAACAUUUUCUAUGCAAUCUAGUUUUGAGAGGACGUCUGAUGGUGCUUCCUCGAAAAUUGGUAUGAUAUUCUGUUACAUGUGGGCCCAAAUGCGGUCAAACAAUGAUAUUGUCUGUUAUUGUUGCUUUGUUUUGAUGUUCCUAUGGAAUUUCAGUUUGUUGUCCAUGGUUUACCUUGCUGCUCUCUUCUUGUAUGCACUAUGUGCAAACACUGGCCCAAGUUACAUGUUCUGGGUUAUCAUGCUGAUUUACACUGAGAUCUGUAUUUUGCUACAAUAUGUAUAUCAAAUCAUAAUCCAACACUGUGGGUUCAGCAUUCAGGUGAGCUUUCUUGAGGAAUUGGGGUUCCCUAAUGAUAAAAUCGUGUCAUCCUUUGUUAUCAGCAACUUGCCUCUUUUCUCGGUGUAUUUAUCUACUCUCCUACAGUCCUCAAUCACUGCAACAGAUGGUGAAUGGGCAUCAGUUACAGACUUUAGUUCUCUUAGGCGAAGAAAUCUUAACCCAGAAGAGAUGGUACAAAGUUCUACUUACGGGGAGAGAAUAAAUAAACUGCUCCUACCGGUCAAAAAUCUGACAGAACUGAUGAUUAGAAGACUGUACAGAUAUUGGCAAUCAGUAACACAGGGAGCAGAAACUCCACCUUACUUUGUGCAGCUGUCAAUGGAAGUUAAAUUGUGGCCAGAUGAUGGAAUUCAGCCGGAGAGAAUUGAGUCAGGAAUAAACAAGUUACUGAAAAUUGUUUAUGACAUGAGAUGCAAGGAGACGAGUGAAAAUACUACACAUUCAGCGAGCAGGGUUCGAGUACAAAGCAUUGAAAGGAGUCCAGAAAACCCUAGUAUGGCUUUGGCUGUUCUUGAGGUGGUAUAUGCAUCCCCUUUGUCAGAGCCUAUUUCAGUGGAAUGGUACCAGUCACUAACUCCAGCAGCUGAUGUAGCCAAUGAGAUUUUGAUUGCGAAGCACUCAGGGAUUUUGAAAGAAUUACGAUUCCCAUAUCCCAUUUUAUCUGUAAUUGGGGGAAGGAAAAGAGAAGUUGAUCUGUAUGCCUACGUAUUUUGUGCAGAUUUAACUGUUUUCUUCUUGGUCGCCAUUUUCUACCAAUCAAUCAUUAAGAACAACAGUGACUUUCUUGAAGUCUAUCAAUUAGAAGACCAAUUUCCAAAAGAAUUUGUUUUUGUGUUAAUGGUAAUCUUUUUCCUGAUUGUGCUUGAUCGUGUGAUAUACCUUUGUUCAUUUGCCACAGGAAAGGUUAUCUUCUAUCUUUUCACCCUUGUCCUCUUUACAUAUUCAGCCACAAAAUAUGCUUGGCACAUGGAGCCUUCACAUAAUCAUGGGGGACGAUUAUCACUCCGUGCCAUUUAUCUUACGAAGGCAAUUUCCCUGGCACUUCAAGCCAUACAAAUACGCUAUGGGAUUCCCCAUAAAAGUACUUUGUAUCGGCAGUUUUUGACAAGUAGUGUUUCAAAAGUCAAUUUUAUGGGUUUCCGAGUUUACCGUGCUCUGCCUUUCCUAUAUGAAUUGCGAUGUGUACUUGAUUGGUCUUGCACAACAACAGCAUUGACUAUGUAUGACUGGUUGAAGCUGGAAGACAUUCAUGGAAGCUUGUUUCUUGUCAAAUGUGAUGCGGAUUUGAAUAGAGUUAGACAACGACCAGGACAAAAGCAAACCAAAAUGACCAAAUUCUGCAAUGGGAUAUGCUUAUUCCUUGUUUUGUUGUGUGUUAUAUGGGCCCCUAUGCUGAUGUACAGCAGUGGUAAUCCAACUAACAUUGCAAACCCAAUUAAAGAUGCCAGUGUUCGAAUUGAUUUAAAGACGAUUGACGGUAGGCUGACAUUGUUUGAAACAACUCUUUGCAAAAAGCUCUCACUGGUUGAGCUUGAUGAACAUAUUGAUCUGGAUCCUCAAGGUUAUCUAACUGCUUACAACAAGGAUGACAUUCAAUUAAUAUGCUGCCAAGCUGAUGGAAGCAUCUCGUGGCUUGUCCCACCCAUUGUUCAGGCCAGAUUUGUUCAAUCUCUUAAGUGGAGCAUGAACAUUAUAUUUUCUUGGCAAUUCAAUAGGGCUAGGCCCAAAGGCAAGGAAGUUGUGAAGUAUGAGCUAAUUCUUCAAGAUCAGGACCUUCCGAGACCAAUGGAAGUGAUGGAAGUGCUGAACGGUACUUCCAACAGUUUCAGGAUAUAUAAUGUUUAUCCAAGAUACUUCCGGGUGACUGGCUCUGGUGAUGUGAGAUUUCUUGAACAGGCGGUGCGUCUGGUUACUGGUGAUCUUGUGCUUAAUCAUGGUAGUCUAGAGUGGUGGUCUUUCCAUGAUAUAGAUGCUUCAAAUGUAAGUGUUUGUGGAGAAUUGGCUGGACCAAUGGCUAUCAUUGUAUCUGAGGAAACACCACAGGGUAUUCUUGGUGAAACACUCAGCAAGUUCAGCAUUUGGGGUCUCUACAUUACCUUUGUGCUUGCAGUUGGUCGUUUCAUUAGACUUCAAUGUGCUGACCUAAGAAUGAGAAUACCAUUUGAAAACCUUCCUUCUUGUGACAGGUUGCUGGCAAUCUGCGAGGACAUUUAUGCUGCAAGAGCUGAGGGUGAACUCGAAGUUGAAGAGGUUCUCUAUUGGAUACUGGUGAAGAUUUACCGAUCACCGCACAUGUUGCUUGAGUACACUAAAGGUGACUAGAUCAUCAACAAGAAUUGUUUUCUCUGGUCAACAGAAGCUUCAAUUUUCAUGGAGCUAAAAGACGUUGAAUGCUAACUCUAUCUAACUACAGAUCUAUGUUACUUAGAAUGUGAAUUGUUUUAGUACAUGAAACUGGAACAGAAGCGGAAACGAGAACGCUGUACGCCACACACUUUAAAAUGUGGUAUGAGAAGGGUAGAUUGGUAUAGAUUACACUAAGAAUUUAAGAUAACUAUUGAGCAUCCAAUAAAAUGUAGUUUUUUCUAUUGUCAUUGUGACUCAUUUUUUACAUCAUGCCCUGUCAAAACUACAUUCCCCUUAAAUUUUAGUUCAAUAUAUUUUUUUUUUCUCUA